AUGGCCCCGCGUCUCGAUCCAGAAGGUCGCGAAUCACUCGAAGGCUCCAUUAAAUGGAACUCGGACAAUCUGGAUGUGGCAACGUUACUGAACCAGCUCUAUGAGCCUUCAUCCAAAGUAUCAUCAUCGAAAAGUCAACCAGUUUAUCUUUAUCUGAGCGUCAUCAUUCCAGCGUAUAAUGAAGCAGAGAGAUUGCCAGCGAGUCUUCCAUCGACAAUCGCGUAUCUCAGCCAGCGAGCGCGAGCGGGUUCGACAUUCCGAUAUGAGAUUAUCAUCGUUGAUGAUGGAAGCUCUGAUGAAACAGGGAAGGGAUUUGCGACACGAAUAGGGGCUCAAUGCUCUCGUGGAGAUUAUAUUCUUAUGGCUGACGCAGAUGGUGCAACAUUAUUCUCAGACUUGGGAAAACUAGAAACAGCUUUGUUGUGUGGAGACCAUGACACUCAGUGCGGAUUCAAACUCUUUUCUCGGAAAUCCGCUCGCUCUUUGUUCCCGUCACUUCACAUAAAUCGAUGGGCUUUUGAUGUUGAACUGAUAGUCCUAGCGUCCAUAUUUAAUUACCGUAUUGCAGAAAUUCCAGUUGACUGGCGGGAAAUUCCAGGAUCAAAGCUGCAGCCAAUUGCUGCAGCAGUCCAGAUGGCUCGGGAUUUGGUCACAAUACGGCUCUGCUACUCGCUAGGGAUAUGGAAGGCAAAGUGA